AUGGCCUCCCUGCAGACAUUGACCAAGAGCUUCUCAGGAUGGGUCAUCUUCUGCUGCUGUUGCUGUCUCCCUCUUCUUCUCACUAGCCCUCUGCCUCCAAAAGGGACAGGAUUGGCUUCUACUGCCCAUAAUGCCUGCAGGCUCAGGAAGAUCAACUUCCAGCAGCCCUACAUCAGGAAUCGCACCUACGCCUUGGCUAAAAUGGCCAGGGUCUCGGACCAGGACACGGACAACAGGCUCAUUGGGCAGCAGCUCUAUGUUAACAUCAAGGAAAACAACCGCUGCUACGUGAUGAAGAGAAUUGUGGAGAUUAUAGUGAAAGAUGUCCUCCUCACUGAGGCCAAGGACCAGUACCCGUACGUUGAGGAGGUGGCACAGUUCUUGGCGUCCAUGACCUCAGAGCUGAGCAGAUGUAAAUUCUCAGGACACAGAGAGCACAUUGAAAAGAACGUGGAAGAAAUGAAGAGCAAAAUGAAACAGUUGGGAGAGAAUGGAAAGACUAAAGCCAUUGGAGAACUGGAUUUACUGUUUGACUACAUAGAAAACGCCUGUACUGAUGCCCCAAAGAAGGGUGGGAACAAGAAGAAAAACUGA